AUGAAAUCUGCGUUGUGGUCUACUAAAUGGCUGGCUGGCCGGGUGAGCUAUGUGCGCACCGAUGAUAGACCCUCUAUCAUCGCCGGAGACCCUUCAUGGUAUGCGGCCGUCUCUGAGGCCGAGAUAUUUGGCGAGCACUUCGACUACAUCCAUCGUUCUCGACAAGCCCUGGACGAUGACACUCAUCUCUCGAUGGCAUUCGCGACGUCCACGGUCAGACUCCUCACGUACCCGUCAGCGGCUGCCAAAGAUAAAGACGAAACGGGCCAACACGAACGGCCACAGCCCAGUUGGUCCCAACACCUGGAGCAUCUUCAGCGUCUCCAAGAGCUCUAUAUCUCCUCGCUGGACUUUCCAGCCGUUGCAGCCGAUGCGAUAUGGUUGACCAACGUAUCGACGUCAACGUCGACAUCAACUGCGUCUACUCCCUCUGCCAUGGCCCUGGCAUUUUCGGAAAUAUCGGAAGACCAAGCCGGACGAGAGGAGGGAGCCCAGAGAGACCCAUAA